AUGACCCGCAAGCUGAUAACACAGCAGCCUCGUCAUGUAUUCAACAUGCUGAAGAAGUAUGUGCGUGCUGAGCAGAAGGACAGACAGCAUACUCUCAAACACUUUGAACAUGUCCGCAUGGUAGACCCAAAGAAAGCUGCUCAAAUCAGAUCUCAGGUUAUGACACAUCUACGUGUGAUAUAUGAACGCAUGAACCAGUCUCUCUCCUUCCUCUACAACGUGCCUGCUGUAGCAGAGGAAAUCCAGGAUGAAGUUGAUGAAUUACUUCAGAAAGAGCAAAACUAUUCUGAUGACGUCUUGGCCAAUAUGAUCAGCGAACCCAGAAUCAGCUAUGGAAAUGAUGCUCUCAUGCCUUCAUUGACAGAGACUAAAACCACAGUCGAACUUCUUCCAGUGGAUGGAGAGUUCAGCCUAGAUGACCUUCAGCCAUGGCAUCCCUUUGGCGUUGAUUCUGUUCCAGCCAAUACUGAAAAUGAAGUUGAGCCAGUCGAUGCCCGCCCAGCUGCAGACAGAGGACUCACCACACGACCAGGUUCCGGGUUGACCAAUGUUAAAACAGAAGAGAUAUCUGAAGUGAAGAUGGAUGCGGAGUUCCGGCAUGACUCAGGAUACGAAGUUCAUCAUCAAAAGCUGGUGUUCUUUGCUGAAGAUGUGGGUUCAAAUAAAGGUGCCAUCAUUGGACUAAUGGUGGGAGGUGUUGUCAUAGCAACAGUGAUCGUCAUUACUUUGGUGAUGCUGAAGAAGAAGCAGUACACAUCUAUUCAUCAUGGCGUUGUGGAGGUGGAUGCUGCAGUGACACCAGAGGAGCGCCACCUUUCCAAGAUGCAGCAAAAUGGCUACGAAAAUCCCACCUACAAGUUCUUUGAACAGAUGCAGAACUAGGACACCACAACAGCCUCAUGAGUUGGACAGCAGAAUGAUUGCUUCACUGCCCAUCGGUGUUCAGUUAUAGAAUAAUGUGGAAAGAAAGAAAAACACUCUGUUUUAUUAUUUACUCAUUCUCGCCUUUUGACAGCUGUGCUGUAACACAAGUAGAUGCCUGAACUUGAAUUAAUAAAAUCAGUAAUGUAUUUUCUCUCUCUUUCUCUUUACAUUUCAGUCUUUACACUACAUUAUUAAUGAAUGUUUUUUGUGUACUGUAAAGAGGUUAGCUGUAUUUAACUAGUGCAUGGAUAGAUUCUCUCUCCCAAUUAUUUAUCAUGUAGCUCCUUAGCCAGUUGUAUAUUAUUCUUGUGAUUUGUGACAAAAAUUAAGUCCUGAUUGAAAUAUGCUUUAAGAAUUGAUGGGGGAUGCUUUCUGUGUCUGUGGGGUUUAGCUGCUUCUCUUUGCUGAGCAUUUUUUUCCGAUCACUAUGCAUUUUAAAGUAAAACAACAUUUUUUAAAAAGUAUUCCAGAUGAGUUAUUGAAAUUCUUUUCCUCUGCAGCUGCAUUUUAUUGUACAGAUUGUUGCUCCUGCUGUAUUAGUGGCGUAGAAAUUAUGGGAAUACACAUUUGUUUCUUUGUGCCUGUUUUAUGUGCACACUUUAGGCAUUGAAAGGUAAACUUUAUUUUGUUUUCCAUGUAUCUUUUGGAUCUUAAAAAAAAAAUAUUAAAAAGAAUCCCUGUUAAUUGUGAGCACUUCUUGGGGAGAAAAGUGCCUGCUGGCCGAAAAUUAACAGGGAUCCUCUGCAGGAUGAUUGUACAGAACCAUUGCUUAUGAAUUGACAGCUUUCUACACUGUGUUACAUAAAUAAAUUAAGAAAAAAACAUUUGGGCAAGAGUUUUCUUUGGAGGCAGAGAACAAAGAUUUCUGAAAGCCCCUUAAAUGGAAACCAUGGAUGUUCACACUGGGAGAGGGUUGGGAAGGGAUUUUCCUACAAGGAUCGUGGCACUUGCAGUCAGACCAGAGCAGAAGGAAGGCGGGAGCGAGGGACACCAACUUUGUCACAUCUGCCCCUCUAAGACGUCGUCUCUUUUUUUUUCCUUUUCUCUUUCUUUCAGUUUGUAUAAUAGUGUUUUAAUGUAAAUAAACACAUUCCUGGAGGA